UUCAGCUGAGGCCGACAGAAGUCACUCCCUCUCGUUCACCAUCCCCUCUUCUACCUCGAGCUCUCCUCGCCUUCGCCGCCCUCGUGCUCCUCCGCUGGUCGAUGCCGCCAUGCCCGUCCUAUCCCGCCCCAGUGCAAGCCACCCUGUCCAUGGAGGUUCAUCGCACAGUCAAAGCCCCUCCAAAUCCGAUUAGCUGAGCUCCUCGCGCUCAAAUCUGGCGGGUCUUGCCCUACCGCUUGCGACUUUGGUCGGAGGUGUCCGAAAUGCUACGAGUGGCACGCCGAAUCGAGUGCGUAGAAGGCAAGAGGAGCUACAAGUGGCGCAAAGUCAGGAGAUGGCUCUGGUGAUUCAGGAGAUGGGUCCAAGUCGGGUACUAAGGAGUCACCUCCUUCAUCUCCAUCGAUGUCUGCAAGUGAGGUUCCAGAGGGGAUUGAGUUGUCAGAUUGGAGGGGACUUGACUGCAAAAGUAGCCUUAGAUGCCGCCAUGGAAGACCCUCAAGAUGCUUGCUUUGCUGGGAUGGCGCCAACACUGGCCGACGCUACCUUGGUUGCCCCCUUAAGAACAAGUCUAGGAUGUGCCGUUUUGUCAAGUGGGUUGAUGAUGAGUGGCCGCCAAAGUCCCAAGAAGUUGCUGCGACUCUGUGGGAUGUUGUUGCCCAGUUCAAGAAGAAAGCUGAUGAUGCCCAAACUGAUCUACUGGGUGCCAUUCAGUUGAGAAAUGAGGUUAUGGAGGACAAGGAAGCACUGCUAGAAGAGGAGGAGGAUUGGGCCAUCGAGAAGGCAGCUCUGGUGCAGGAGAAAGCAAGGAUAAGGAGGGAAUUGUCCAUGAGAACGAGGUUUGCACGGGCGUCUUGUUCAACAUUGGCCUCAAGGAUUAACAGUCAAGAGUUGGACAAGAAGGUCCUGGUUGGAGUGAUCCUAUGCCUACUUGGCCUCCUAGUGGCAAUGAUGCUUUCAGUCGUACUGAAGAACAAGUGAUGCUCUGAGUUUACUCUGAUGGUGAUGAUCUUUUGUAGCUGCUGUUGGUAGGACUAGUGCAGUCUAGUUGCAUCUUAAGCCUGCCAUGCCAUAUUUUAUUGGCUCUGAUCAAACUUGUGAUCUUAUUUUGUAAGACAGUGAAGCUGUAAUGCCUGUGUUUGCUAGGUGGUCCUCUAGAUUCUUGAAACCUAGUAGUGUUUCUUAUGGUGCUGUGAUGAAACUAAUGAUCAAACUUCUAAUCAUAUUUGUGAAUUAUGGUGUUGUGAACCUUGA